AUGUCCGGAGAGUCGACACCUGCUAAUAGCGUUAACGGGGAUUCCGGGAUUGAGAUGUCUCCCCAAGGAAUGUUAAAUCGUAUCCACGGGAGGAUUGUGCCGAUACCUGGCGGACUGAUCGUGGACGACGACGAAGUCACGGACCGAGACAUCCCCGUACGGCCGACGACUCCGGGGAUCAGUCGACCUGCAACGCCGUGCCUCGGACACGGCGAACGAUCGAAAUCGCCAUCGCGGUCAACGUCAUGGAGCGUGCUACGAUAUCAACAGGCACAGCUCGAAAGGCAGCAGGAAACGCAACAAUUACAAGCCUAUGUAGCAUGGGCUAACUCCCAGUUGAAGAAGAGGCAAGGAUGCCGAUUGGUGGAAGACCUCCGGCUGGAUAUGCAAGAUGGCGUCUUAUUGGUCCAUCUCGUGGAGAUAGUCUCGGGAGAGACGUUAUCAGGCGUUGAUUUCAAUCCACAGAGUCAUGUAGCAAUGCGAGCAAAUAUAGAAAGGGUUUUACAAUUCAUGGCAUCCAAAAAAAUACGAAUGCAUCACACAGCUGCCAAAGAUAUAAGUGAGGGUAAUUUGAAAGCAAUAAUGCGAUUAAUCUUGGCGUUAGCUGCCCACUACAAACCAAGUAGUGUCAAACAAGCCACGGGUCACAAACCGGUACAGAGAACGCCGUCCGCUGCUGCUGUCGCCGCUGAUAUUGCCGCUGGAUUGAGGGACAUGCGUAAUGAAAUGGCGAAUGCUGGCCAAGCACCAAGACGCUACAGGGACCACCACCAUCACCACAAUAGAAAUGACCAAAGAAGCAACCAUGUACACAGUUCAAGUCCAAGCAGUACACCUCCAAUCAGACCCCCUAGAGUCAGGGAUCGUUUCACAGAUUUUGACAGUCCAGUGAGUAGUCCGGGAAGUAGUGCACAUCACAGUCCGUCAUCAAGUUUUAUUGGCUCGACACCAUCCAUGAGAAUGCAGGAAAGAAGACGCGCUCCACCGCCGCCGCCACAAGCACAUCAGCAGCAACAGCAACCCACUAUGCCAGCUUCUUAUUCACCGCAUCCCAGUAGACCUAACAACAGUAGUGGUAGAGCCUCGGAUUCCGAUCAGGGUAGCGGUUACGAUGAUAGGAGUUCGCAGUGUUCGUCAACGUCCUUUUGGAAUGAUUUACAAGAUGAACAGAGCACUAUGGCAAAAGAAUUGGAGGACACUAAGAAAGCUGUUAUUAUGCUUCAAGAUUUGUUAUUAAAUGGUCAGAUUGGUGAUGGUGAUGCGUCAGACGCCGAAGAAGACCAGAUUUUAUUUGAAGGAACGAAUCCCAAAGAGCAGGUGAUUGUCUUACAGUCCCGGUUAGACCAGAGUAUCUCAGAAUGUGCCGAUUUUAAAGUGGAACUUACGAAAAGUAAACAAGAAUGCCGAAAUCUACAGGGUGUUAAGUCUGGAUUACACACAAGACUUACAGAACAGGAUAAUUCUCUUCUUCAACUCAAAGCUGAACUUCUCAGAAUUGGUUUUACGCAACAAAACUUAGAAGCAGAAAACGCUGAACUUAGGAGGAAGUUGGAGGAAAAAAGUCGUUCAAUAUCUGACAUGACCCGCCAGAUUCAACAGAAAAACAAACUACUUACGGAUCAGCAAUUACAAAUAGAUGAAAUCACAAGGCAGUUGCAAGACAUGAAUAAUUUAAAAAUCGAACUACAAAAUGAGGUGCUGGAACGAGAUGAUACUACAACGUGUUUAGAGACGCAAAUAAAAGACCUAAGUGAACGAUUAGGAACUGUAGGAAUUUCAGAGUCUAACAUUGCCAGCCGUGUAGCAGUUCAGGAUAGAAUGAUGGCUAAGUUAGAAGGGAAACUUUUACAAGUCAAUGACAUCACUCAGCAUUCGUACCAAAUAGAGAUUGGCGAGGAGCUGCAGGUGAUGAGAGACGCUUUACGUAACCUUCGCGCUAGUUUUAGCGGCCAUGAUCCACAGCACCAUACGUUAGAUUCGUUAGAACAGAGUAUAGCAACUUUAGUUGACAAAAUAAAAACACGCUCGCGGCGAAAUAGUGACUCGAGUUCCACCGAAAGUGUUUCACGUUACCGUGGUUACCCCCCAGAUAGGGAUCCUAGAAGAUCACCAAUAACAUCUUUAAAAAUGUCAGGUGGUUAUGGUGGUGUGCCUCCAUACACUACUAAUGGACCCACCUCUAUCCCCUGCACCAAAGUACUGUACUUUACGGAAAGAACUGUCACACCGUUCAUGUCUUCCAUACCAAAAAGACUUGGUGAAAUUACACUCAGAGAUUUUAAAGAGAUUUAUGAUCGCCAAGGCAACUACAGAUUUCACUUCAAAGCAUUGGAUCCAGAAUUUGGAACUGUUAAAGAAGAGAUUUCAGGCGAUGAUGACUUUAUCCCGGGAUGGGAAGGUAAAAUAGUAGCUUGGAUUGAAGAAGACACUGGAUAAACUACCUGGCAAGCUCCACUUGCAUAAUAGAGAACUAGUAUGUUCCCAGGAAACUUGAUAUUAUGAAUGUCUUGUUUACUAUUCCUAUGAGGAAGAUAAUACAAUGCCAAUGACCUGACUCCCUGUUGUGACCUCUUCAGGAAGGUGGA